AUGGUCCUUUGCUUUAUGUAUUGGGGAAGCUGGGAUUUGGAUCUUUUGUUGCAUGGUUUGGUAGUUGGUAAAAUCAUUGAAGAUUUUGAACUAUUCUUCAAGGUUGUAGGGGCUUCUUCUUCGAUUGAGUAUGGAUUCUUCUUUGAUUUGAUGGGCUUCUUCUUCUCCUCGGCCGGAGGCGCAGGUGGGCUGUCCAAAUCUGGAGUGGGAGCAGAUGCCGGAGACUUGUGCUUAGUGGGAGUUGCAGCUGAUGGUGAAGUAGUGGGUGUUUGUUUCCUCAAAUGGGUUGGCUUCAAUUUUGUCUGGUUGAAUCUUUAUGAAGCGGAGCAAGUUGGUGCAUUUGCUCUGAAGCUGAUGAAAAGUACAAGAAGAAGACGAAGUAGUAGUGGUAGUAUGAGAAGCUUGAAUUAUGCUCAGGGUCCACUGGACGAUGGAGAAGAACUGAAGACCCAUGAGAAGUUUUGUGAACCAAGUCUGGUUCUUGAAUUUGUGAAGUGGCUUAUCUGGGAAAACAAAAGAAAAUCCCACCAAGCCUCUGCUUGA